UGAAUCAAUUCGGUGAAGUAAAACGUCAGUGUAUCGCUGUCUGCCGUGCUGGGAGUAGCUGGCUAUCCUUAUUAUUUCUAAACGAAAUUCGCAAUAAAAAAUUCCAUACCGACGCAGUGACAAGGACACAGGAUCACAUCGUGCAGUCACGUUAUGAUAGGAAGAGCUGAGUGGCGUGUGCUUGUUUGUGUGGUGGCGAUAGUGGCGGCGGUGGUGUGUGGCGGCGGUAAUCCUUAUGGCGCCCACGCUUCAUCUCGUUUCCCUUACUUUUCUUCGUCUUCCUCCUCCUCCUCCUCUUCCUCUUCCUCUUCCAUCUUCGCAUCGUACAACAUCACAUCGUUCUCCAACUUCUCCACUUCCUUAAACUCCAAGCGUCUCAGUAAUGCCUCGCCCAGGAGUGGAGACAAAAAUAACUUCAUCGUGGUCUACAAAAAGUAUGAGGAAGGAAUGCGGGCGUGUCGAACAGGAGUGUGGGGUUACCUAAAAGAAGAGCGCUGUGACAGGGUGGUGCACUGUCCAGACGCUUCAGACGAGCGUCACUGUCCCUGCCGCAAACUCGUCCCCAGUGACUACCUCUGUGACAGUUACUUUGACUGCCCCGAUUUCUCCGAUGAGUUUGGCUGUGGCGGAUGUGAAGAGACAGAGAUCCUGUGCUCACUGAAAAACAAGGAGCAUUGUGUGCCGCCCAGCAGGGUGUGUGACGGAGUGUCUGAGUGUGACGAUGGGAGAGACGAAAUGCUGUGCUUCAGACUGGCACGGUUACAGGAAAAGGACGCGAGAAAUCCAGUCGUAAGGAGUCAAGGCUAUGUGGAGGCCAGGCGUGGGAGUCAAUGGGUGCCUUUGUGUGGCCACCGUCAACAGGACCUCAGCGAAUUUGUGAAGAAAUUAUGUAACGAACUGGUAGGCGAGGACAGAACGGGCGGCGAUCACUACGAGUUCGAGGCCUUGAACAAGACACAGAUCAACACAAGGAAAUGGGCGCAUUUUCAUAAGGAUCGCACCAAGCUGGGCCAGGACUGUAAAGGUUACCUGGUUGUCAUCACAUGUGGCGUUGUCACCUGUGAUGAUUACGGACGUUUCAGGAGAGAUACAGAAGAAAGAAAAACGAAAAACAAAAAUAGCAGCUCGCAUAAAGAGAAACUGCAUCGGGUUGAAGAGAGUGAAGAGGAGAAGGAACGAGAUCAAACAGGGGUGAGGCAAAAGCGAGACCAUGGGCCGAUGAUGGAUGGGAGGGUAGUGGGAGGAAGCAACUCUCCUGCAUAUAUCUGGACUUUCUUAGUGGGUAUAAGGAGGAAUGGUGUGUUCUACUGCGGUGGGACUCUUCUCUCUGCUUACUUGGUCCUUACUGCCGCCCACUGCGUCCACGAUCCACUUUUCCCCAGGCCUGAGUCAGCCGUGUACGAGGUUCAUGCUGGGAUGCUGCGGCGAGACUCAUGGUCCCCUUACGAACAAACCUCGUUGGUGACACACAUCCUCAGACAUGAACACUUCAACUCCCACUAUAUCAGGAACGAUUUGGCACUCUUCAGACUGCAGACACCGAUGCAGCUGAACCGGUGGGUGCGGCCAGUGUGUCUGUCGGAACACCUAUACCCUGAAGAAGGUGAUAUGUGCACGGUGGCUGGGUGGGGCAACCUGCACGAGGACGGAGAGGACUGUAGGUGGCCAGCAUCACAGUAUUCAUCCUUACAGCUCCAGCAGGUUGACCUUCCCAUCCUGGCAUCGUGCGAGAAAGAGACUUUCUUCAGCGACAAAGAAGUUCUCUGUGCAGGUUAUAAGGAGGGACAAAAGGACGCUUGCCAGGGGGAUUCAGGGGGACCUCUGAUGUGUACUACACCACAGGGUGGCUGGGUGCAAGCGGGUCUGGUGUCCUUUGGGCGUGGUUGUGCCAGACCAGGCAACGCGGGAGUCUAUGUUCGUCUCAGUUAUCAUCUUGACUGGAUAUUCGCUAAACUGGAGCUGAUGAAGGAUGCGUCCAACUUGCCUCAAGAGUCAGAAACCAUCGCUGAGUGCAGGGGCAUCACUUGCUUCCUGGGAGAGGGGGCCUGUCUACCCACCCAGCGCGUCUGUGACCAUCAGGCUGACUGUCUCGAGGCAGAGGAUGAGGUGUCAUGUGGAUAUGAGAAGGACAUCGUCUUCGAGACAGCUGAGAGCGAACCUUCCUACGAGGCGUACAAAUCAUCGACCUUCGCCACAACUACCACCACGACACAGAAGCCGGAGACUUACUACCCUGACACUUCCACGAUCACGUCGACCACCACGACUACGACUCCACUACCACCCACCACCACUACUGCCAUCACCACUACUGAUCAACCUCCCAGCACCACUACCACCACCAUUGUUAAUUCUGCAGGAGCUAUAGAAACUUGUGUGCUCUUCGGGGUAGAUGAAGACAACGGAACGCUCAGUUGUGUGGGAGAUGAUUUCUUAUGCACCAGGAUUCCAGAAUGCCUGCCACGGAGGAAUGUGUGUGAUGGUGAGCCGCAUUGCGUUGAUGGGACGGACGAACUUGGCUGUUUUUGUGUGGACCGCCUAUAUAGCUAUGGCAAGGACGACUUUGUGUGUGAUGGAUUCUACGACUGUUAUGAUCUGAGUGACGAGGACUGUGCACCAUGUGGGUCUCAGUUCGUGUGUGCUCUGAGUCAGCAGUGUGUGCCGCAAGAGGAGGUGUGUGACGGCAAGAAUAAUUGCAGAUAUGGGGAAGAUGAACUGUUUUGUAUCGCCUUAAUCAACGUCCACGCGCCGCCGGAGAGGGACCGAUUCGGGGAACUGACAUCGCAGAAAGAGGGCCGACUGGUGCUGAGGGUGGAGGGCGUUUGGGACACCAUCUGUGUGGACACACUGAAGCAGGAGCUUGGCCAUAGGGUGUGCAACUUUCUCGGCUAUGAGACUCUGGAUGAUUUGUACUACGUCGAGGACUCCUUGUACAUCACCCCACCAAGCCCUCAGAACCACCACACCCCACGCUCAAAACUUGCUUUCACUCAAGUGAAUAACUUCAAUAGGACUGACAGAAGCCACAGGGUGAUAAGGUCCACAGAGCUGCAGGAAUCAUUCAACGCCACGGUGGAAGGCUCUGUGGCGACGGACAUCUCGGAGGAAGCUUCAGUAGGAGUGGGUGGUAGGAAGGACGUGUGUCGUCAGGUUGUGUUCAGCUGUGGAGAGCAGAAGUGUGGGAAGGUCCCUCUCUAUUUCUUUACCAAGGUGACUCCGGUAUGGAUGUAUGGCGGGUCCCCGUGGGCAGCAAGUGUGUAUGUGAACGGUGAGUACCGGUGUGGUGGCACGCUGAUCCACCCGCUCUGGCUCAUCACCUCCAACAGCUGCAUGGCUGGCGUCAGCCCGGAGGUGGAGUCGGUGUGGGUGGUGAUGGGAUCAAUGAGGAGGUUUGGGGCGCCAAUGCGAGUGUGGGGGGCGUACGAGGAGGGGCGUCAGGUGGGAGGGGCGUGGCUGGUGGGUGUUAGUGAUAUCCUGCUCCUGAAACUGACCAAAAGGAUGCCGAAGACCAACUACAUCUCCCACCUCUGCCUACCCACCCAGAAGGUGAGCAACCUGGGGCCCUACAGCAGGUGUUCCAUGGCUGGGAUGAGCGAGGAGGAGGACAGAGAGAGUAUUGGUGUUCCAUUCUCUUCCACCUUCAACUGUCCCCCUCACCAUAUAUGUCCAGAUGUCAAAAAGGACUUCAAAGAUAUAUGCAUGGAAUCAUGGGCUGGGGUGGUGGCAUGUCAAUUAACACAAGACAACAACCCAACCUGGAUUGCUGUUGGCGUGUGGUCCUACAGACGCCGAGCUGGAAACUGUAACCCUGCUCUCCUGCAUCCACUAUUCACCAACGAAGACCUGAAGGAAAUACAUCGGAUCCUGGCAGGAUACACCAAUGUGGUCGCCGUGAGCUCAGCGGUAUGCGAGGGGCGUCACUGCAUCCCUGGAGUGUGUGUCACCCCCUUACAGGAAUGUGAUGGCCGCCUUGAGUGUUUUGAUUCCAGUGAUGAGUCCCCAGCUUGCUCUGCUCCCACACCCCGCUGCCGAACAUACAAUUACAGUGAAAACUGUGAGUGUCCCCGUGGGUGGUGGACGUGUCUGGACAACGUGUGCAUCCCUGCUAGCGCCCUUUGUGACGGGGUGAGAGAUUGUGCCAAUGGGGAGGAUGAGCUAGACUGCUCCUGUUGCAAGGUGUUACUGUUCUGGUCACCGGAGAAAAGGUGUGACGGACAAAUAGACUGUGCUGACCAAAGUGACGAGGCUUUCUGCGGUUGCCAGAAUGACUCCCAAAUCUUCAGGUGUUACAGCUCCAAGCCUCUGAAGUGUGUAUCGAAGGAGAGGGUGUGUGACGAGACGAGGGACUGUCCCGAGGGUGAGGACGAGGCUUUCUGCGUCACCCUGGUGCCUCAUCUCAGACUGGAGGAGGACGUGUUAGGGAAUCCCAAGUCCUACCCCAGCGGGUUCCUGAUGAUCCGUGUUUCUGGUAAAUGGUUCACCUACGACUAUGCAUUAUGGAAGAGUUACCUGUCCCACCUGAUCUGCCUGCAACUAGGAUUCUCCCAGGCAGAGGAGACUAGUGUGAAGUUUCUGUCGAAUGAUCAUGUGAGGAGAGCACGUGGCGAGGCCCACGGGAGAGAGAGAAAUGAAAAAGUGGAGCAUGAACCAAGGCACGAGAAAUCUUUGAUGAAGGUUGUGUGGAUACAGUGUUUAACAUCAUAGUAGUUAUCCUCCUCUUCCCUCCGUACUUUCUUGACUCUCUCUUCUUGUAUAUCUCUUCCAAUUUCAGUUUUCUUCCUCCUCCUCUUCUUAUUCUUCCUCUUCCUCGUAUUGUUCCUUAUCAUCACCAUCAUCAUAAUCAUUACAUUCUUCUUACUUCUACUACUAUUAUCAUUUCAUUUCCUCAUUUUACUUCUACUACUACUACUACUACUACUACUACCACUACUACUACUACUACUACUACUACUACUACUACUACUACUACUACUACUAGAAGAAGCCAGAAGAUUGGUAAUUAGUGCGUAUUUUUAAUUAUUGCUUUGUCAAAAUCUAACCCUAAAUAUAUGCGAUACAUACACAACAA